AUGAAAACAUUGGAUGCUAUCGUAGAUUAUAUACUUGCCGAACCAAUUGCUUCUGAGAUGUCGGUUUAUGCCAAAAUUGCUCUUAUUAAAUUGAUUUUAAAAUUUAUUAUCGAUGAUCCAUUGCCAUCAUUAACUGAUAUUGCACGUUGUUUUCGACGUAUUCUUGAUAUGAAUAAUAUUUUCAACGAAUGGUAUCUAUCAUGUAUCGAAGCAUUCCAUUAUGAAUGUCAACUCUUUGAACGUUUAUCAUCAACAAAAUCGAUUGAUUCUAUUGAAUCGAUACUUCAAAGUCUACAAAAACAUCCAUUUGUAAAUGAUGAAACCAAUAAAGACAUGGAAGAAAAAUGGCAAGAAUAUUUAUCGAGACGAUUAUUUUCACCGUUAACAAUGGAUACCAAUGUGCUGAAUGGUGAAGAAACCAUGUUUACUAUGCGAUCUACUUUUCAACAAUUCUUUAGAUCCAUUGCUUGUAUGUCUCAUCAGUCACGUAUUUGGUCGGCCGUUAUGGAAACAUUAACACGAACAUUACCAACCGUAUUUGACAGCUACGCAAAUCCGAGUGAGGCUCAAAUCUAUUUAAGAGCAUGUAUGGAACCACCUAUUUCAUCGAAUUUUAUCUAUUUAAUUGUUAAAUCAUACCAGCGAAAUAUUAAUCUACUCAAAGAAAAUUUUAAUCUGGUUUUGACUGUAAUUGAAAAGCUUCUUAUGUUGAAUUAUCUGACAGAAGCUCGUCAAUUUGUCAUUCAAGUAGUUCUUGAACAUUUCGAUGUCUUUGUCAAUAUGGAAGCUUUAAUUCAGAUGCUUAUUCGUGUAUGUCCACUCAUCCAUGCUGAUUAUCGAAAUGAUUUCUGCCAAGAAAUUCUCUCAUCUAUUACGUACAAAUUAGGCAACGUUAAAUGUAACAAAUCACUUGCAUCUCUCUGUUUCGAUUUAAUUCUUUGCAUACUUAAUCUAUGUGUUAUACAAGCACCUAAAUGUGCCGAAAGUUUACUAGAAAAAAAGGAAUUCUAUCCAUGGAAAGAACUAGCACCUCGUUUCAACGAUCUUGUUCGGUCAUGCAUUGCCUACGAACAAAUUGAUAUGAAAUCGUAUUGGAGCGAUCUUGACAGUCUUGGCAGUAUUCUCAGACUAACGGCCGAUAGAGCAAAAAUUAAUACGAUUAUUUUUCGAGCUACUCACGAUCAAGCUCUGCAAGCUAUACUUCGAUGGUCACGAUCAAUUGACAAUGACAAUACGAAAGUAUGGUCCACGCAUGUCUACAGAAUGGCAGAAGUUAUGUUAGAUCUUAUUGAUCAGCAAAAGAUCACGGCCAAUACUUGUAUUCAAUUUCUUAAAGCACUUCACCAGAAAGUAGUCGAUAAUCAACAAGUUGAUUAUGAGGAAAGUAUCCUUCCACUAAUGCGAUCUUUUUUUACUACGUUAGUCACACAUUUGGCUAAGUACAUUGAACUUUUGAAAACACUUCCAAAUGAAGUUCAUCACGAGUUAGCUUCGUUUAUUCUCGCUACACUGGCAUGUCCAAUUCAAUAUGAAAAUGGACAAACUUCAUUUGAACAUAUAUCAGCUAUGCAACUUUGGUAUAGAAUUGGUCAAUGUCUAACGAAUGAAGCAGAUGCACGUCUCUAUGGAUUAUGUAUCAAAAAAUUGUAUUCACUUGCAUGCGAUGAUAAUGAACAAACAUUUUAUGAUUGGUGGUCGAUGUUUUGGAACACGGUUGGUAUGAAAUUACCCAAUGUAGCUGCCGAUUACGUUGAAGAUUUUCUGAGUGAUACAAUCGAUCGAAAACAUAUUGCUGUUACGUCACUACUUCCUAUGCUCUACAAUAAAAAUCCGGAACCAUACCAUGCUCGAUUGAAUGAUUUGAUUAAUGUGAUUUUCGAUGGUGACAUGUCACAUGUCUCAUUAUUAGGACAUUUAUUUCUAGUCAUUGUUAAAGAACAUCCUGAACUGAUUACAGUUAAUCAACUUGAUCAUUUAUUCACUUCAAUUGAAGGUCGUACGGAUGUUGGAUACGAACUGUUUUCCAUUUUUCAAGGACUUGGAUUAGUAGCCAAUGCAAAACCUAACCUAUUUCAUAAUUAUCGUAGUGUACUCUUGCGUUUUAUUGUUGAACAACAUAAUUUAUCAGCAUUUAAUUGUCUUCAACAAUAUUUUGUUGCUUCAACAAUUAUUGGUGGUGAAGAGACAGCUAAUGAAUGUCUCACAAUUCUUAUUAAUCUGCUUAAAACUGAUAAUGGAAUUACAAAUGAUAUUCGUAUACAAAUUUUUCAUUCAUGUCAACUGAUUGGUAUUAUAAACAAAAAAACACUUCAAACAAGACGAACAGAUUUGAUAGAAUUCCAAUCGUAUACUGAAUGUCGAACAUUGAUCGAUUUUAUUGAUGGAAACAAAAUGAGUGAAGAAAAUCAAGGAAUAAUUAAUCGAACGCGUGAUGAACUUGAACACAUAGAGAAACGUGUGGUCAAAACGGAGAAAGAUGUGCACAAUGUCAAGACUACGGUCAAACGACAAGAAUUGAAGAUAACCAAUCUUGAUGCACGAGUUAAUGUGGUUGAUACGCAGUUGAAUAACGUGACCGAACAAGUGCAUGUACACACAAAAGAAAUUGAACGAAUCGAUGCAAAAACAUUGAGUUAUGUGCCAAGUGAAUGGGGUCAUCAAGUAUGUCAAUUACUAAAUGUCAAAGUUGAUAAUGAUUGGUGUUUACUUGGCAAACGUUUUGGUUAUUCGGCAAGUGAAUUAAGACAUUGGUCUAUGCAAGUCGAUCCAUGUAUGACUCUACUAAAUGAAUGGUUUAUGACGCAUAAAACUGAUGAAGCCACUUAUGGACUUGUCAAGAUGCUAGAAGAGAUUGAUCGACAAGAUGCUGCAAAAAUAAUUCGAGAAGCAGUUGCAGCUGCCGGUGAACUCAUCCCUGAUGAUAUGCCAAUAGAAAUCAAGCGUCUACCACCGAUUUUUCUUUCCUAUCAAUGGGGAGCUCAAAAAGCUGUCACAAAUCUCAAGAAUCAUCUUGAAGCAGCAGGUUAUUUAUGUUGGAUGGACACAGGUCAAAUGGGUGGUGGCGAUAAAUUGUUUGCUAAAAUUGAUGCUGGUAUUCGCGGCGCUAAAGUUGUUAUAUGUUGUAUGAAUACGGCUUAUGCUCAAUCGGACAAUUGUUUACGUGAAGUUCAUCUAUGUGUCAGUACAGGAAAACCUUUGAUACCUUUACAGAUGGAAAAACAAACGUGGCCUCCUGAAGGUGCUCUCGGUCCUAUUAUGAGUGAAUAUUUGUAUGUUCGUUUUUAUGAUCGUAAGUCGAAUGCAGACAAUUAUUGGCCAAAGGACAAAUUUACUGAACUUCUUGGUCAAAUUCGUUAUCAUGUCGCACCUGAUCCAGAUAUGAUCACCGAACAGUAUUACAAUUGGUUUGUACCACAAAUUAACAAUCUAAUUUUUCUUCAGCCGACAUCAACUGAUGGAAAAGACAAGAAAAUUACGUUGAAAGAAGAUAUGCCAAUGGCUAUCACUCAUCCACAAAUUAUGAUUUCCUAUCAAUGGGAUCGUCAAGCAGAUAUUGUUGCCUUAUAUCAACGAUUAACACGAUUAAAUUAUCACUGCUGGCUUGAUAUAUUUCAAAUGGGUGGUGGUGAUUCUUUAUUCGAAAAGAUUGAUGCUGGAAUUCGCAAUGCAAAAUGUGUACUCGCCUGUGUGACACCUAAAUAUACUAAAUCAACUAAUUGUCGUCGAGAAAUGUCAUUAGCUGAUGCUCUAGUUAAACCUAUUGUACCAUUAUUACUUGAAGACACCAGUACAUGGCCACCGCCAGGUCCAAUGUCACUUGUCUUUACUGGUAAGACAUAUAUUGAUUUUCGUUGUUCGAAUACUGACGUACAAGAUGGUGAUAUUUGGACAAGUCAAGAAUUUGAUAAUGUACUUCGUCAAUUGAAAGAAGCUAUACCCGAAGUUGAAACUAGUGCAGUCCAAAAACCUUCGUCUGAUAUCAAACCAUCUGCAAUACCAGUAGCAAAACUCGCUGACAAUGAAAAACAGUCAGAACAUGUACAGAAUGCACCUAAAAUCCAACAACAAAGUCGAUCAUGUUGUAUCAUUUAA